AUGACAUCCGCCCUAAACAUUCUUAUGAUCGUUCCCAGCCUAUCCUACAGUCAUAUUUCCUUUAAUUCUAAAAUCGCUGAUAUUCUUUCCUCUAAAGGACAUAAAGUGCUAAUGCUCAUACCAGACAUUGACAGCAGCGUGCCGAGUCCGUCUGGAAAUUAUACAUUGCUGAGAGAAGAUGUCGGCAUUGCGCCAGGCGAAUUGACAAGCACGCUGUGGAGAAAUCCUAACCCAUAUGAAGACAGCUCACCUUUGAAUUAUAAGAUCUUCCUUAAGCUUAUGCGGGUUUCAUCAGUGUUUGUACGGGCUUGUGAAGCCUUGGCAAAUGACAAUAAUUUGAUGGAUUUCCUUCGUGAGCAAAAAUUUAAUGUGGGAAUGCUCGAACAGUACGACUCUUGCGGUUUUGGUAUUUUUCGCACAAUUGGAUUGAACAGCUUCGUGUGGCUAAGUGCAACAGGGGCUUAUGCAGAGCAACCAAGAACGAUUGGGAUUGAUUAUCCAAGCAGCUAUGUUCCAAAUCUUUUCGCACCACUUUCGGACAAGAUGAGCUUUGCUGAGCGCAUCGAGAAUUGGCUCAUCUCUACGGCCACCCGUCUAGUCUUCUCACACACUCGAGCGAGGGAGUCAAGAAUUUUCUGGAACACGGGAGAUUUGAAAUUCGGAGAAGAUCUCUACAACACAGCAACGAAUUCUGACGCAGUGAUUGUAAAUUCCCUUCCUGCUGCCGACUUUGCCAUGCCCACCUCGAACAAGGUCGCUUAUAUCGGAGGGAUUACGGUACAAAGACGACUUCAGCAUCUGGAUACGUUCUGGAAGGAGAUUGCCGACUCAGCCACUAAAGAAUUUGUACUCGUUACAUUUGGAUCCAUAGCUAGAACUGUGGAUAUGACUCCUGAGAUGCAGAGCAACUUCUUCACCGCCUUCUCUCGCUUUCCCGAAAUCACAUUUAUUGUCAAAUAUGAAUCAGCAAAUUGUACACUUCCAAUCCCACCCAAUGUCGAGCUAACACAAUGGAUUCCCCAGGCAGGAUUGAUGAGUAGACCAUCAAAACUACAAGGCAAUAAUCACUCAUGGUGGAUGGAGCAGCAUACUGGAAUCGCUGACAGUAGGCAAACCAAUGAUAUUGAUGCCAUUAUUUGCAGACCACGGCAAGAAUUCGAAAGUGAUGGAGGCCAAGGGUGCUGCAGUCAUCUUGGAUAA